AUGGACCAUGUUCUAAGUCCCGACACCACAAGACCAGAAGGAGAGAUUGCCAUUUCCAUCGACCCUAAUAUCCUUCCUGAACCCUUUCAACGUCCAACUUGGCUUCGUAUUUGUUCUAGGAUGUUGCAUCAUGUGCAUGUUGAGAGACUUCUUGUCUUAUAUACUUCGUUGAUCGGACUAGUUCAGUUGAAGUUUCAAUCAACACAAGAGUCUGCGUUUGAAACGCAUUGUUUCUUCAUGUUCAUGUCACUGGCUGCAGUAAUUAUUUUUGUUCUGUCUUACUGGAUUCUGGAUUAUACAAGUUACACGAAUCAGUUAUAUAAUUAUCCCAUCAUUCUUCAGAAAAUCUUAGUAAUUGUUGCUUUGUUCACAAUAAUUCUUGCACCUCUCUCACUUGUGCUUGUCUUGCUCGUUCCUCCAACGCUCAUGUGGAUUGGAUAUUCAAUUGUAUGUUUAAUCGUUAUAGCCAUAAUAGCAUAUAACUCUAUCCACCAUGUGACUUCACUUGGACAAAACAUGCACGCGGCAAUGUGGAAGCUCUUCAAUUAUAUCAAAGACAAGAUUGUUUGCAAAGGAAAUGUGGAGGAAUUUUAUGAAGUGCGUGACUAA